CUUGCCGGCUCUCGCGUAGUUUAUCAAAAUUCUCUGUUAAAAAGCAUGCCCGCCGAGGCCGCUCAGCCCGCCGCGAAGGAACCGGCACCGUGUCGAACCUGUACCGACUUUAAAUCCUGGUCCAAACAGCAACGAAAGGCACUUUCAACCAGCAGCAGCAGCACGACGACGACGCCACCCCCCUCGGAAGUAAGUGCUAAAAAACCUGCUGCGGUGACCACGAACACCGGUGACCAGCUGCCCAAACACUGCCCCCUGGACAAGGAACGGCUCGGACGGCACACGUGGGGCCUGCUGCACACGAUGGCCGCGUACUUUCCGGACCAACCCACGGCCGAGGAGCAGAGCAACGUGAGGCAGUUCUUCAACGCAUUUUCCAAGGUCUACCCGUGCGAGUAUUGCGCCAAAGAUUUCCAGCAAGAACUGAAAACCGACCCACCGGAAACGACCUCGCAGCACAGUUUAUCGCAGUGGCUCUGCCGGAUGCACAAUCGGGUCAACCAGAAGAUUGGUAAACCGGCCUUCGACUGCUCCCGGGUUAACGAACGGUGGCGGGAUGGGCCCGCGGACGGGUCGUGUGAUUGAUGGGAAAGGGGAAGAAUAUAUUAAAUAAAUAAAUAUUUGUGUAAUGCGCUUUAAGCGUGCUGGUAUUUGAAAUACAAUCAAUUUAUUUAGUCUA